GAAACCAAGGGAACGGCUGCACGCGCAGGAGGGGAGCGUUUGGAUGCUCGCUUGGUGCAAUAUCUAGAAAUGAUCGACUCAGUGAAAAUAAGGAGACAGUGCAGUUUGGAUUUUUACUCUUAUUAUGAGCAUCUCUGUGCACUUCAUGGGUGUGCGCCUCUAUCGUUUGUGAAGGCGAGAAAGCUCCAUGAUGUUCUUGAUAUAAAUGCCGAUCGUAUCAAAGCUACUGAUUGGGCACCCCUUCUAAACGCCGUCAGACACAACAAGACUUUGACUUCUAUUGCCAUAAGAACCUUGUACCACCAGGGACAUGGAGAUUCAGGUGCUGAAAGACAGGGAACUUAUUUCAAAAGAAGAAUUCCAGCAGUUCGAUCCAAAGACCUGUCUGGCCAACUCUGUAAAGCAAUCAAAGGAUGCCUGAUGAUAUCCAGUGUCCUGAGAAAUUUGGAACUUCAGGGGCUGCUUUUAAGGGAAAGAGACUUAAUAUUAUUGGGAAAAGGAUUGGUGAACACAUCGUCUUUAGAGCACCUGUCUCUGGCACACUCACCAAUUGGCGAUGGAGGCUUGGAAAUAAUCUGUCGAAGUGUCAAGAAUUCAGCCUGCAUCAGAGCGAUAGACUUGACGGGGUGCAGUUUGACCUGGCGGGGAGUGGAACACAUAGGCAGUGUCUUAAAGCACCAGGCAAUUAAAAGACACGGUGAAGCUUGGGCGGAGAGCUUGCGAUACAGGACACCUGAUUUAGACUGCAUGGCUGGCUUGAGACGCAUCACUCUUAACUGCAACACGCUUAUUGGUGACCAAGGAGCUACUUUCCUAGCAGGAUACCUUGCAGAAGACUUGUGGCUUAAAGCACUAGAUUUGCAGCAAUGUGGAAUUUCCAAUGAUGGGGCAAGAUCGCUCUUGGAUGCCCUUAAGACCAACACAACACUAGUGGUGCUGGACAUUAGAAAAAAUCCAUUAGUGGAUCAUGCUUUAAUGAAGGCUGUAAUUGAAAAGGUUCUCGUGAAUGCAAAUGGAGCAAACUUGGAGUACAAGUGGCUUCUAUCUCCAUCCUCAAAAGAUGUUAAAAACAAACACAAAAAGAGAACGGUGGUCCUAGGGAACGGUCGGAAAGGAAAGGCUACGAUUCGUAUUGGAUUUGCAUCCAAAAAGUCCAUAAGUCCUGAUAAGGUGACUUCAUGCGAUCCAGAGAGCUACGCCCCAAAGCCGUUGCCCCCAGGAGCACGUGGCUUCCUGCCUUGGCGGACUGCGGAACGUGCAAAACGGCACAGGGCUUCAUCAGUGAAUAAUAUCCAUGAGCUGCCACUGCAGAUUCAGGCUGGCAUUCCUUUGAAAGUGACUGUGGAAAGUGCUUCUGCAUCUGAAAUCGAAGAGACGGAUGACGCUGUAGAUGACGUCUGUGAUGCUGAUGCCACAAAACCUCCAGAAAUAAUUAACUUAAAACAGCACCAUCAGUUUCAGAUAGACUAUGAAGAGUGUCAACUCAGAUUAAAAGAAGAGCGAAAAGCAAGAGUAACAGCUGAAGAACGUAUAAUGGAGCUAGAGGUAGAGAACGCCAGAUUAAGGAAUCUCAACACCUCUUUGUCAGAAGUUCUGCAUGCACAAUCAGCAGCCAGCACAAUUCUGGAAGAUGGCGUUCUGGAUAGCAUUGAGAACUCGUUUCAGAAAUUUCAUGCUUUUUUAGAUCUUCUUAAAGAUGCCGGACUUGGACAACUUGCAACAAUGGCUGGUAUUGACCAGUCAGAUUUUGGCUUCUUGCAGCGUCCCCAAAUGACUUCUACUUUGAAUAGGCCUGCUCUAACACAAAAGGAGAACUCAUUUGAAGAAGAAAGACAGAAACACAUGCAGAGUGUCAAAAAUUCUGGUUCAGUUUCGCUUCUGGGUCUUCCUCAUUUUCAGACUGAUUUGGUCCCAUUUCAAGAUGCAAAUAAUUUCCUACUUGCUACGGGAGAUGUACAACAGCAUCAGGUUACCGGUCAGUCCCGGCAAAGUUUACAGCAAGGCGUUGAGGAAAAUGCACCCCCAAACAGCCAGUCGGCAUCCUCUGAGAAAAGUAGCAAACCCAUGGAUUUGGAAGAAAGAGUGUCUUCUCUUAGACAGCCAGUUACUGAGCGUUCAGUCUCUCAGCCCAGUGUAAAUCUGUAUAGCGGGAAUAAUAACAAAUACAGUGUCGUUGCUAGUGGCGAUAGCAAGAAAUCUUCUUCCAAAAGACUUCACCAUACAAGCUUUUCUGCUAGAGGAGAUCAAAGUAUACAUCAAAAUGAUCCGUCCAGAAAUGAUACGAUAGAGUCCGAUUCUGAAAUACAAGAAAACAUCCAUUCUAUAGGAAGUAUUUGAAAACUCCCAAUCCCCAGUGGAUAGGAGUAUUGGAUUGCGGAUCAUUCAUUCGAUGUGUAGAUCUUUUAAAUAAAUAUAUGCUUUAAAAACUUUAAAGCUCCUUUAGCGUCUGUGUUCUUGCUAAGUAACUUGAGCAAGAAUAUUUGUUGGAAGUAUCCAAAACAAUUUUACUUCCUAAAUGGUUUUAUAAACUAUUACUUGGAUGAUUCUAAAAUGAGUCAUGAUUUUUUUUAAAUGAUACAGGUUUGAGUGAGCGAAAUGAGUAUUUUCUUCCUUUUCCAUGAAUCAUGUUGGCAAGUAGUUUGGUAACAAUUUUAGUGCAUAACACUUUAGAGUAUUAAAUUACAAGCUACAUUUUUUAUUAUUAUCGGGUGUCAAAUGUAAAGAUUAAAGAGGUGUAACUUCCUUUUAAA